UCACACCCUCCCCUUUAAUCGCGUGGUUUCUCUCGUAGGCUUUGCUCUCACUUGCACAUUUGCGAUCAGUCGUUUCUUUCUAUCGGAACUCUACUGUGCUUCUCCACGCUCGCACCUGAGCUGACUGUAGUUGUUUUACUUUCUCUAUUUACAGUAACGGACAAAAUAGGAAGACCUUCCACGUUUGCCUUUAUUACGAUCAAAAUGAAGAAACGUGGAAUAAAGCGCUCGAAUACUGAGUGGUAGAAGAAGCCAAGGACCGAAGCAACCUGUCUUUAAACCCAUCAAGUGUCUGCGGGAGCAGAGGUCAAAUGGCAAAGUGGCUCAAAGACUAUCUGAGUUUUGGGAGCAGGAGGAUGCCUCCUCAACCACCCAAACCAGACUACACAGAGAGUGAGAUUCUGAAAGCCUAUCGGGCUCAGAAGAACCUAGACUUUGAGGACCCGUACGAGAACUCUGAGAACCGGGACAGAAACGACUCUGGGUCAUCAGACUCUUCCCUUGCUGCCUUUGGUUCUCCUCUGAAGUCCGCCAGCCUGGAUAUGAAGGUUGUAUCUCCCAAACACCGCCUCAUCAAGGUGGACUCACAGGAGCUGGGGCGAACUAAGAUUUUACUGAGUGCCAUCUCCUUAGAGGAACAAGAGCCUGUAGUUCCAUCAGCCCCAGCAGUAGGGGACACAGAUUACUCUGAUCCGUUUGAUGCUCACCCAAACCCCUGGCCAGAGCCUGAUCUGGGACACGUUCCCUGUGAGAACAACGGCUACAUGGAGCCUUACGAGGCCCAACGUGUCAUCACAGAGUUGCAGCGUGGCCCUGGGGCAGCCCUUGCACGGGGCGAGGUGCAGCUCUACGACACCCCCUAUGAGGAUGAACGCGGGCGGCCGUUGGGGGUGGGGCUGGGGUACGGAGACCUCAUGGAGGAGGGCAGGGAGAGCCGGCUGCCGCAGGAUGACGAGCGGCCAGCAGAUGAAUACGAUCAGCCCUGGGAGUGGAAGAAAGACAACAUCUCUAAAGCCUUCGCAGUACAGUUUGAUGGUGCCGAGUGGGACCGGUCCUCGUCCCCCACGGAGCGCCUGCGUCCUCCCAGGUCCAGUCCCCUGGCAGGAGGGGGUAUGAAGUUCCGGAUGCCCUGCUCUGACCCCCACAACAUGAUGGGGGAGAGAGUAGACCCCACCCUGCCCCUGGAGAAACAAGUGUGGUACCACGGGGCCCUAUCACGUUCAGAGGCGGAGUCUCUUCUGACCCUGUGUAAGGAGUGUAGCUACCUGGUCAGGAACAGCCAGACCAGCCGCAACGACUACUCCCUCUCACUACGGAGCUGCCAAGGCUUCAUGCACAUGAAGUUCAGCCAGUGUAAGGAUGGGAAGUACGUCCUUGGGCAGAACAGCCUGCCAUUCGACACCAUCCCAGAGGUCAUCCACUUCUACACCACACACAAGCUACCAAUCAGAGGAGCUGAACACUUGUCUCUGCUCUUCCCCGUGCUCGUACAGACCCUCUGAUUGGCAGGUACUCUGUUCCUGGUAUCCUGGGUCACAUUGUGAUUGGACACUGACUUUAGAUUGGGUAAAUCCCUUCGUUAUUCAAGUCAAUCAGGCCGCCAGUGCUCUAGUUGGACUGGACUAUUUUUUUGAGGAUUCAGCAUCUGCUAGCUUGUCAGUAGAGUACCUUCACGGACCUUCUUGUUUCUAUGAUGCCAACUCUCUCUGAUUUGGGAACAUAUUCACAUAAAAUGCAAUACCUGGACUAUACCGGCGCCUUCGGUACCUCGGAUGCUAUCUGGAGUACCUGUUGCAGAAUGAGCCUCUCACUGAGCUAGUAUUGCUCCACUGGUUGACAGUCUCAAGGAAAACUUGGUUGUACUCACACAAACACACCUCUGUUGAUUUGAUACUUUCUGUACUGUUGAGUAAAUCCUAUCAUGUUGACAAAUUGGAAGUCAAACCCGCAUCACUGUAUGGCUGUUGUAGCAGCAGCUGUAGAGCUGUGUCUAAUUGUACUACUGUUUCCAUGUGUUUGUCAUAAUGAUCUGUAUGUCUGGACACCUUCACUGCCUGGUUGCAGUGCUCUGUAGUUGACCAGCACCAUUUUCAGUAGAGAGCCAAAGGUUUAUAUGGCCACAUAAAUGGCCAAAUCACAAUGAUAAUGGGUGUUAUGUUUUAAUGAUCAUUCUUAUUACCUGGAUAUUCAUACUGUAAUCAGUAUGAUUUCUCUGAUAUAUAAUUAUGGAUAGGACAUGUUUUCUCAUUUACCUGCUGUGUUCAAACAUUUCACCUGUGGUUAAAAACAAUAAAUGGUUUCUUAAAGAG